ACAUUAAAGAAGGAAAUGUCCUCAAAACAAAAAGUCUCUGGUGAAAGCUGUCAGCUUUGUUUACUAAAAUUUUCUAGUGAAAAUGACUUCCAAGGUCAUGUCAAUUCUAUUAAGCACAAAGUUCGAGAACUGUAUUUAAACAAUACAGAAAACUUUGACCAUAGAGAAUUAAUAAAAUUUGAAUUAAUGGGCACAAACAAUGUCAAAGAUAACCAUAAUGCAUCGAUCAAAUUGAAAUUCGAAAGAAAAGUGCAUGCACAUGCAACGAUCAAAGCAAUCAGUAUAUGUGAAAGCAAUAUAGAAAUCAUAGAAGUCGUUCAGGUAAAUCCACAUAACAAAGGAAUAACAGUAAAUACGAAGUUUGAAAAGGAGAGGACUUUGAGACAUGGAGGGAAUUUUAGGAUUCUCAUAAAAGGAUAUUUCGAGAAUAGUGCUUCAUUUAAGUUACCUAUUGUCGUAGUUUUUAGGAUCGCCGCAGAAGAGGAAAUGACUUAUUUUCUGAAAGAAAUAAUAGUCGAGGUUUCUUCUGAAUUUUCUUCCUUGAAGGCAGGGGAACCUUAUAAAAAACUAAAGAAAGUAACAUUACCUCGAAAAAAUGAUGAAAUUAUUCUAGGGGAAAUACCAGUGGGACAUGCAUCCAGUUACAAAGAAACUUAUCCACUAAAACAAUAUCCGAUCCCAACAGGUCUUCAAAUACGGCUAAGAGAUUUAAUAAGAUCAUAUCCAAUGUUCGUGGAGAAAUACGCACCCGAAAAUGCGGACAGUUUCUACAAUAUGUUUGCCACAGUACUGAAUUUACAUCCUAGUUUAAUCGAAGCGAAUUAUUUCGAUCUUUUGGACGCAUUGCUUAAUAUAGAAGAGAAUCAGAUAAUGGUGGAUGUAAGAGAUUAUGACACGAUGUCGAAGUUAAGUUUUAUCGGAGGAAACACAUACGACUUAGAGGUUCCAGGAUUGGCUGAAGCUCGACCGUCUCUAGUAGUGCAUGAUGCAGUGUACGUUAAAGAAAAUAUAGCAGACAGCAAGAAAUUUCAAGGAAUAGUUAGUAGCGUAUUUGAGAAAUCUGUACGAUUAAGUUUCAACCGCAAAUUUACAGAUAUAUACAGCAAGGAAAAAGUGUAUCAUAUUGAAUUCGGUUAUAACAGAAGAUCACUGAAGGUUCAAAAGCAGGCCCUAUUUUUAGCGCGAGAUCACCGCAUUAUAUCAUACUUUUACCCCAAAGGAGAUCAGGGGGAUAUAAGGGAAACAUCUAAGAAGAUACAAUAUUUUAACCCUAUGUUAAAUGAGGAGCAGAAAAGGGCUGUUGCGAAUAUACUGAAGGAAAGGUCGGCACCGUAUUUAAUUUUUGGACCGCCAGGAACUGGGAAGACUGUAACCAUUGUGGAGUCGGUAUUGCAGGUAUGGAAAAACAAACCACAAGCCAGAAUAUUAGUGUGUGCUCCAUCCAAUUCAGCAACUAAUGAAAUAGCUGUUAGGUUAGCAGAAAAAUUACCUAAUACGGAACUAUUUCGUUUAAUUGGUUACAUGUGUGGUAAGGGCAGCACAUUUACACAAAUAGAAAACAUAGUAAACAUCAAUAAGGACGGAUCUUUUUAUAUGCCAUCGAUGGAAAGGUUACUUAAGUACAGGGUUGUACUGACUACCUUAGUAACAGCUGCAAGGCUCGUGAACGGAGGAACCCCUGACGGCCAUUACAGCUACGUUUUUAUAGACGAAGGUGGAUACGCCACGGAGUCGGAGAGCUUAAUUCCGAUAGCUGGCAUUUUGUCAAAUACCACGAACAGGGGAAAGGUAGUAGGCCAGAUUGUUUUGGCCGGAGAUCCCAGGCAAUUAGGACCAGUCGUUCAAUCUAAUUUCGUUAAAUUUUGCGGAUACGGUACGUCCAUGUUGGAAAGAUUAAUAGAUACAUGUAAAAUAUACGCUAGAGACGAAAGUCAGGUCAUACCUUACAACGACAGAUACGUAACGAAGCUGUUAAGGAAUUACAGAUCGAACAAGGAGAUACUAAAUAUACCCAACAAAUUAUUCUACCACAACGAACUCAUUCCAGUCGGCAGUGUAUCCUCGGACAUGUUUACGUACUGGGAACAUUUAAUGACGCCCGGAUUUCCUGUUAUUUUUCAUCAUAUCGUUGGGGAAGAUAGCAGGGAGUAUAAUUCUCCGAGCUUCUUCAACAUUCAAGAGAUCGAAGAAGUUAUGGUGUAUACACAAAAGCUAGUUGGAGGUCGUGUGAAAGGAAUUGAAAUUACUCAAGAAGAUAUUGGUAUAAUUACUCCCUACAAAAAGCAAGCCCAAAUGUUGCGCAAAGCUUGCGAGAAACAAGGAUGGAACGACUUAUUGGUGGGGUCAGUAGAACAAUUUCAGGGAAAGGAGAAGCUGGUUAUAAUUAUUUCAACAGUGAGGUCAAAAAAUGUCAAUAUAUUCAAGGAAAUCGACAAAAAGUGUCAGUUGGGCUUCGUCAGCCACGCCAAGAGGUUUAACGUGGCCCUUACAAGGGCAAAGGCUCUAUUAAUUGUUAUUGGUAAUGGCGAUGUGUUGAAAACGGAUGAGAACUGGCGCCAUUUCAUAAAAUAUUGUAUCAAUAAUAAAUCUGUAAGGGGAAAUACUUUUCAUUUGGACAACGACGAAUACCUGGAAGAAGAUGUAGUACAUAGUAACGGAGAAAACUGGGAUAAUUAGAAAUGUGUUACUGAAAAUCAAAUACUGUUUCAUUAUUUGGCAAUUGUUUUAUAUUAUUUUAUUUAUUUCUUUGCCGGAGUUGUUUUUAUAUUACAAUA